AUGGUCUGCCACGAAGCCACAACAGCCACGGAGCCACAGAAGCCACGGAGCCACAGCAGCCACGGAGCCACAGAAGCCACGGAGCCACAGCAGCCACGGAACCACAGAAGCCACGGAGCCACAGCAGCCACGGAGCCACAACAGCCACGGAGCCACAGCAGCCACGGAACCACAGCAGCCACGGAGCCACAGCAGCCACGGAGCCACAGCAGCCACGGAGCCACAGCAGCCACGGAGCCACAGCAGCCACGGAGCCACAGCAGCCACGGAGCCACAGCAGCCACGGAGCCACAGCAGCCACGGAACCACAGCAGCCACGGAGCCACAGCAGCCACGGAGCCACAGCAGCCACGGAGCCACAGCAGCCACGGAGCCACAGCAGCCACGGAGCCACAGCAGCCACGGAUCCACAGCAGCCACGGAGCCACAGCAGCCACGGAACCACAGCAGCCACGGAGUCACAGCAGCCACGGAGCCACAGCAGCCACGGAGCCACAACAGCCACGGAGCCACAGCAGCCACGGAGCCACAGCAGCCACGGAGCCACAGCAGCCACGGAGCCACAGCAGCCACGGAGCCACAGCAGCCACGGAGCCACAGCAGCCACGGAGCCACAGCAGCCACGGAGCCACAGCAGCCACGGAGCCACAGCAGCCACGGAGCCACAGCAGCCACGGAGCCACAGCAGCCACGGAGCCACAGCAGCCACGGAGCCACAACAGCCACGGAGCCACAACAGCCACGGAGCCACAGCAGCCACGGAGCCACAGCAGCCACGGAGCCACAACAGCCACGGAGCCACAACAGCCACGGAGCCACAGCAGCCACGGAGCCACAACCGCCACGGAGCCACAACAGCCACGGAGCCACAACAGCCACGGAGCCACAACAGCCACGGAGCCACAGCAACCACGGAGCCACAGCAGCCACGGAGCCACAACAGCCACGGAGCCACAGCAACCACGGAGCCACAGCAGCCACGGAGCCACAGCAACCACGGAGCCACAGCAGCCACGGAGCCACAGCAGCCACGGAGCCACAGCAGCCACGGAGCCACAACAGCCACGGAGCCACAGCAGCCACGGAGCCACAGCAGCCACGGAGCCACAGCAGCCACGGAGCCACAACAGCCACGGAGCCACAGCAGCCACGGAGCCACAGCAGCCACGGGGGCACAUGUGGUGUCAGCGGGAG